AUGACUACACUGCAAGAGCUUUCCCUCGAUAUAUUUCAACACCUGACAUAUCUGCCCCAGGAGUUCGGGCAGCUGGUUGCUUUGAAGAAGCUGUCUCUGAAAGGCCUUGAACGGCUCACACGCCUGCCUGAAACAUUCGGGCAGCUGAUAGCUCUUCGGGAGCUGAAACUGUUGGAGUGUAGGCAGCUGCAGCAACUCCCCGACUCCCUAUGCCAGCUAUCUUCUCUCGAGCACCUGGAGAUCAGCAUGUGUCCGCGCCUCACGGUGCUGCCAGACGACAUGGGGAAGGGUCUGCACUCCUUGCGCCAUCUGCUUCUUCUCAACUGCACAGCUCUCACCCACCUCCCUCCAUCAUUUUCCUGCCUGGCGUCUCUAGAAACAUUCAAGAUUCUAUGCGCGAAACGCUUCAGGGGUGCGCUGCUGGACGGCAUUGGCUGUUUGAAAAGCCUCAAGGAAUUGUCGCUCGAUUCUAUGCCACAACUAUCCGCCCUUCCUGCCUCCUUCUCGGGCGUUUUUUCCCUCACCAGACUGGAAGUUGGAAACUGCCCUAAAUUAACGGUCCUGCCGGAGGGGAUCGGCCGGCUGGAGGCACUCGAGGAGGUCAGGAUCUUUGAGAUGUGCGGCCUGAUAUGUCUCCCUCCGGCACUUCUUGAGCUGCCUCGUCUGAGGGCAUUGGACGUGCGGGCGUGUGGUUCGCUGAGCGCUGUGCUAGGCGAUGAGAUGGUGCUGAGGCGCACUGCCAGGGGACUUGUCACCAGCAUCGCCUGCACGAGCAGCAGCCGCCCUUUGCUUCCUUCCAUUCUGAGCCUCAAGUUGAAAGCGCUUAAUGUGGAGUCGUUUGGUCCAUCCCUCGGUCGCCUCUCCUCUCUGACGCAGCUGAAGCUCCUCGAGGUGGACAAACUUGACUUUCUCCCUCAGUCUCUCUCCCAACUCUCGCACCUGCAAAGGCUCAAGAUUGAUUCGGCCUUUCACCUGAAAGCACUGCCCGAGACCCUUGGAGGGCUCGCAGGGCUGCGUGUUUUGCAGCUGGUUUACCUCUCGACAAUGCGGCACCUGCCCGAGUCUCUCGGGCAGCUGAAAAUGCUCAAGGCGUUGGAGAUUAUCGACUGCUACAAGCUGAUGCAGCUUCCAGAGUCAUUCCUAUCCCGCCGAGACACGAGAGGGGUUCCUGCAGGGAGAGAGGACGAGGAGGGAGAGGAGGGGGAGGAGGGGGAGGAGGAGGGGGAGGGAGGGGAUGCGGGAGAGGAAGAAGGGGAGGAGGGAGGUGAUGUGGCAGUGGAAAGGCAAGAGGUGGGCCAGGAGGCAGCAGAGGAGGAGAGUGGCGGUGAAGAUGAUGGCAUUGAGCAUGAGUUCUCGUUGGACAGUGACUGUGACAUGCAUAGGAGUGAUGAGAGGAGUGAUGAGAGGAGUGAUGAGAGGAGUGAUGAGAGGAGUGAUGAGAGGAUUGAUGAGAGGAGUGAUGAGAGGAGUGAUGAGAGUAGUGAUGAGAGGAGUGAUGAGAGGAGUGAUGAGAGGAGUGAUGAGAGGAGUGAUGAGAGGAGUGAUGAGAGGAGUGAUGAGAGGAGUGAUGAGAGGAGUGAUGAGAGGAGUGAUGAGAGGAGUGAUGAGAGUAGUGAUGAGAGUAGUGAUGAGAGGAGUGAUGAGAGGAGUGAUGAGAGGAGUGACGUAAGGUGGCGCGGGCUGCAGGAGGGGCGGGAAUGGCAGGUGGGAUGGACAGGAAUGGAAUUCAAGCACAGGAAGUGCAAGGGGGAGGUGGGGCGCAAGGGAGACAACGGGAACAAGGGGGCCAAGGGGCACAAGGGGGCCAAGGGGCAGUGCGGAAUGAGGGCGAGACACUGGAGAGCCAAGAUGGAGGAGGUGAGGGAGUUCCCGUCACUCCACGAUCCAACCGCACAGCACCUCACUAUCUCAGACCCCGGUUUCAGCGGCGGCAGGUUCAACAACAGCCUCCACUAUCUGCGCGUGCUCGCCGCCCACGUCUGCCCGCGCCUCUACGCCCGCCCCUCCCCCAUCACCCUCGCCCGCCUCUCCCCCAUCACCCUCUCCCGCCUCUCCCCCAUCACCCUCUCCCGCCUCUCCCCCAUCACCCUCGCCCGCCUCUCCCCCAUCACCCUCGCCCGCCUCUCCCCCAUCACCCUCGCCCGCCUCUCCCCCAUCACCCUCGCCCGCCUCUCCCCCAUCACCCUCUCCCGCCUCUCCCCCAUCACCCUCUCCCGCCUCUCCCCCAUCACCCUCGCCCGCCUCUCCCCCAUCACCCUCGCCCGCCUCUCCCCCAUCACCCUCUCCCGCCUCUCCCCCAUCACCCUCUCCCGCCUCUCCCCCAUCACCCUCGCCCGCCUCUCCCCCAUCACCCUCGCCCGCCUCUCCCCCAUCACCCUCGCCCGCCUCUCCCCCAUCACCCUCUCCCGCCUCUUCCCCAUCACCCUCUCCCGCCUCUCCCCCAUCACCCUCGCCCGCCUCUCCCCCAUCACCCUCGCCCGCCUCUCCCCCAUCACCCUCUCCCGCCUCUCCCCCAUCACCCUCUCCCGCCUCUCCCCCAUCACCCUCUCCCGCCUCUCCCCCAUCACCCUCGCUCGCCUCUCCCCCAUCACCCUCUCCCGCCUCUCCCCCAUCACCCUCUCCCGCCUCUCCCCCAUCACCCUCGCCCGCCUCUCCCCCAUCACCCUCGCCCGCCUCUCCCCCAUCACCCUCUCCCGCCUCUCCCCCAUCACCCUCUCCCGCCUCUCCCCCAUCACCCUCGCCCGCCUCUCCCCCAUCACCCUCGCCCGCCUCUCCCCCAUCACCCUCGCCCGCCUCUCCCCCAUCACCCUCUCCCGCCUCUUCCCCAUCACCCUCUCCCGCCUCUCCCCCAUCACCCUCGCCCGCCUCUCCCCCAUCACCCUCGCCCGCCUCUCCCCCAUCAACCUCGCCCGCCUCUCCCCCAUCACCCUCUCCCGCCUCUCCCCCAUCACCCUCUCCCGCCUCUCCCCCAUCACCCUCGCCCGCCUCUCCCCCAUCACCCUCGCCCGCCUCUCCCCCAUCACCCUCUCCCGCCUCUCCCCCAUCACCCUCUCCCGCCUCUCCCCCAUCACCCUCGCCCGCCUCUCCCCCAUCACCCUCGCCCGCCUCUCCCCCAUCACCCUCGCCCGCCUCUCACCCAUCACCCUCUCCCGCCUCUUCCCCAUCACCCUCUCCCGCCUCUCCCCCAUCACCCUCGCCCGCCUCUCCCCCAUCACCCUCGCCCGCCUCUCCCCCAUCACCCUCUCCCGCCUCUCCCCCAUCACCCUCUCCCGCCUCUCCCCCAUCACCCUCUCCCGCCUCUCCCCCAUCACCCUCGCUCGCCUCUCCCCCAUCACCCUCUCCCGCCUCUCCCCCAUCACCCUCUCCCGCCUCUCCCCCAUCACCCUCUCCCGCCUCUCCCCCAUCACCCUCUCCCGCCUCUCCCCCAUCACCCUCUCCCGCCUCUCCCCCAUCACCCUCUCCCGCCUCUCCCCCAUCACCCUCGCCCGCCUCUCCCCCAUCACCCUCGCCCGCCUCUCCCCCAUCACCCUCUCCCGCCUCUCCCCCAUCACCCUCUCCCGCCUCUCCCCCAUUGGCCCACCAUCCGCUUCCCACACGCCGCGACACCACCGUCGCCGUCGUCCUCCCCUCCCACCGCGACCUUUCCGUCGCCGUCGUCCCCCUCCCCCCUUCCCCAUCCCGGCGCUUUCCCGCCGCGGCCUCCUCGCCGCCGCCCGUGCCUUUCCGUCGCGGCCCCUUUCCUCCCUCUCCCUCCGCGAUUUCCAUCGCCGCGGAUUUUGCCGCCGCGUCCCGCGGAUUUCGCCGCCCGCGGAUUUCACCGCCGCUGAUUUCGCCGCCGCGUCCCGCGGAUUUCGCCGCGGGUUUCGCCGCCCGUCCGCCCGCGGAUUUCACCGCCGCGGAUUUCGCCGCCCGCGCCUCUCUGCCCGCGGAUUUCACCGCCGCGAUUCCGCCGCGGAUUUCGCCGCGGAUUUCGCCGCGGAUUCUGCCGCCCGCGCCUCUCCGCCCGCGGAUUUCACCGCCGCGGAUUUCGCCGCCGCGUCCCGCGGAUUUCGCCCGCGGAUUUCACCGCCGCGGAUUUCGCCGCCGCGUCCCGCGGAUUUCGCCGCUGAUUUCGCCGCCCGCGCCUCUCCGCCCGCGGAUUUCGCCGCCGCGGAUUUCGCCGCGGAUUUCGCCGCCCACGCCUCUCCGCCCGCGGAUCUCACCGCGGCGGAUUUCGCCACCGCGUCCUGCGGAUUUCGCCGCGGAUUUCGCCGCCCGCGCCUGUCCGCUCGCGAAUUUCACCGCCGCGACCGCUCCGUCGCCGCUCUCUGA